UGUUCCCCUUCUCUAUUAUCCUCACACAGACAGCCGAAACGGGGAGUCCGGAGGCGCCCGCUUGACUAGUCUCGAAGCUUCCGCUCGGAGCCAGGGUUAGGGUUUCACCCCCGCCCGUCGUCAGAACCAGCCAUGUCCGGGCGCGAGGUCCGCGAGUACACCAAUCUUAGCGACCCCAAAGAUAGGAAGUUCGGGAAGGGGAAGGAUAAGAUCGACGAUGAGGACAUCACCUUCCAGCGCAUGGUUGCCAAGAUGCAAGAGGUUGCUGGUGAGAGAGGAGGCUAUCUUCAUGGGCGAGGAGCAUUGGAUAGCGAUGAUCUGCUUUACCUGAAAGAGCAAAUGGAAGCUGAGGAAGAUGCAGAGCGUCUUCUCCGCCGUACGGAGAAGCGGGCAUUUGCUGCCUUUAAGAAAGCAGCAAUCUUAGCUGAUUCUACACCUGCUGUCCCCGUGGCCCUUCGUGUUGAACCUAAACCUAAAAGUGAUAUAAGGCAACAGGACCUCUUGAAGAACAUUGUUGGGAUCAAACCAAAGCGGGCAAAAGUUAGCAGCCCUUCACAGCCAGCAGAUAGCAAUAAUACGAAGCAAUGUGAAGAAGAUUCUGUCAGCAAGUUAUCUUCAGUGCAGAAUCGAUUGGAACCACCUGUGGGUGAGAAGGGUUCAUCUCAUGGGACUGUCAAUGCUGAGCACACAGUACCAAGGCCAGAUGAGCUAACGGCGGAGUCUAAGCAAAAUGCUGCUGGAAGCUUGCUUGGCUUAGCUUAUGAGAGUUCUGAUGAAGAAUAGUCUCAUGAAGGCCCUAUUUAGGAUGUGUAAAAUUUCCAAGAUUCCUGUGGGAUCUGAACUGUUUUCCUGUGAGAUUUCUGCAUUCGAAACAAAUCACAGAAGGAAUCUCUAACGCCACCUGUAGAUUGUAUAUUAGGUUUUUUGUACUGUUAUUAGGCUACGUUUUCACCAGGAUUUAUUGAAAAAGCUGCUGUAAUGUCGCUGCUAUCCAUAAAACGUUCUGUGUUUUUUUUAACAGCACAGGUGAACGCUAAA